AGGAGGAGGAGAGAGAGGAGGAGGAGAGAGAGGAGGAGAGAGAGGAGGAGAGAGAGGAGAGGGGGGGGUGUGCGUUGCAGUCUCCGAUUAACGAGCAACACGUCUGUCAGAGGGAAACUGUAAAUUAGGAAGAUAGAAACCGAACUACGACUGGUUGGAUUAAAACUAACUCAUAAUUGCGAGUUCCCUCUUGGAGUUAGCAGCUAAAGGACUACACGGACGGCUCAGAAACAGAGUGACGAUAUCAUGGCCGCCCUGUUUACUGAACUGCCCUCCUAGACUUGCCUGAUACAUAGACAUACAUACCUUAACAUCCCUGCAAUCCACACAAACACACCCACCUUUGACUCUUGGAGUGUGUGCGGGAUGACAACCUCCCAUCUUAACGGCCAUCUUGCUGGGGAGGGAGGAGGAGGAGGAGGAGAUGAAGACUUAAGGGGAGGACAACAGCACCGGGAAAUGGCUGUCGACUGUCCCGGAGAGCUGGGAAGUCGAACGCUACCGCUCCGACGUUCUGCGCAGCUGGAGAGGAUACGACAGCACCAGGAGGAUCUUCGUCGGCGUAGAGAGGAGGAGGGUCGGCAGUUGGACCUGAACACCUCGCUCAGACUCAGGAAGCUUUCCCAGCAUCCCCACAUCGGCAUCGACAACCCCACAUUCCUGCAAGACUCAUACACAUCCGAGCAGCCAGCACUCAGCAACCAGCACACACAUGCACUGCUGGAGUUGGAGGAGUUGCUGCUGUCACUGAAGCAGGUCCGAGGCUGCCUGUCCGACCAGCAGAGUCAGAAUGACAUAGAGCUGGUUCUUGCACUACUAAACAAGUCUGACUUCCAAUCAGCGCUGAAGAUCCAUAAUGCAGUGGCGACCAGCAUGCACAGACCCUCUCCUCCGUACCCACACACACAACAAGCACUUCAGUUGGCCAUGGAGGCCAGGAAUCUUAUCCAGUCAAGUCAGAACAAAGAGGGACUCGAACUCCACAGCCUGCUGUCAGACACACACAUCCAGUCAUUACUCCUGGCCCAUGACAGCAUAGCAGAGAUGGAAAUGCAGCCUGAGCCGCUGCCCGCCCAAGGAGAAACAAUGACCCAGUGGGGAGGAGAGACCGUCAAGAUGGUUCGCAUAGAGAAAGCCCAAGACAUACCACUGGGGGCAACUGUUCGUAAUGAAAUGGAAAGUGUAGUGAUCAGUCGCAUUGUUCGAGGCGGAGCAGCUGAACGGAGUGGACUUUUAUCAGAAGGAGAUGAAAUACUGGAGAUAAAUGGCAUAGAGAUCCGAGGAAAAGAUGUCAACCAAGUCUUUGAUAUUCUUGCGGACAUGCACGGCCUCCUGACCUUUGUGCUUAUUCCCAGCACUCAGAGCAAACCGCCUCCUGUCAAAGAGUCCGUGAUCCAUGUGAAGGCACAUUUCGACUAUGACCCGUCAGAUGACCCCUAUGUGCCGUGCAGAGAGCUGGGCUUGUCUUUCCAGAAAGGAGAUAUUCUCCACAUUAUCAGCCAGUCAGACCCCAACUGGUGGCAGGCUUACAGGGACGGCGAUGAGGAUAACCAGCCACUUGCAGGACUGGUACCAGGGAAGAGUUUCCAGCAGCAGAGAGAAGCCAUGAAACAGACCAUAGAAGAAGACAAGGAGCCGGAGAAGUCGGGGAAGCUGUGGUGUGCAAAGAAGAACAAGAGGAAGAGAAAGAAGCUGCUGUACAACACUCACAGGAAUGAUGAUAUUGAUAACGAGGAGAUUCUGACCUAUGAGGAGAUGGCACUGUACCACCAGCCGGCUAAUAGGAAGCGGCCGAUUGCACUGAUUGGUCCGACCGGCUGCGGGCAAGUAGAGCUUCGACAGAGACUUCUCAACAGUCAACCAGAACGGUUCGCUGGAGCUGUGCCCCACACCACACGGAGCCGUCGAGAUGGCGAGCUUAGUGGUCGAGAUUACCACUUUGUGUCUCGUCAGACCUUUGAGGCAGAACUGGCAGCAGGAAAGCUGAUUGAGUCUGGCGAUUUUGAGAAGAACCUGUACGGGACAAGUUCAGACUCCGUGAGACAGGUCAUCAACACUGGAAAAAUCUGUGUGCUCUGUCUGCACACACAGGCUUUAAAGGUGCUGAGGAGUUCAGACUUAAAGCCUUACAUCAUCUUCAUAGCUCCGCCCUCCCAGGAAAGACUCCGAGCCCUAUUGGCUAAAGACAACAAAAACCCCAAGCCCGAGGAGCUGCGGGACAUCAUUGAGAAAGCCCGGGAGAUGGAGCAGAGCUGCGGUCACCUGUUUGACGCUGUCAUCGUCAACCUGGACCAGGACAAAGCUUACAACGAGCUGCUACGACUCAUUAACAAACUGGACACUGAACCCCAGUGGGUGCCCUGCUCUUGGCUGCGCUGAAAACACACACACACACACACACCAGUCGUAGAGUAACAAUGGAGUACACAUUUAUAGAGAUUCAACAAACUGGAAGCUGAAAUGCUGUGUGAGAGUUACGAUCGAGUAGGAGGGCCUCUGUUAGGAGAAAACCAAUCUGAGAUUUUGAGAGUUGAAAUGUUAUGAGAUAAAGUUGUAAUUUUUUGAGAAAAUAUUACAGCAUAAAGUUGUCAUUUCAUCUCGUGGUUAAAUUUGACAACCCUAUGCUGUAUGUUAUGAUCAAAUUUGCGUAAAUUAGGUUACAUAUGUAUGUUAAGUACAUCCUGACAGUUGAUAUAUUUAUACUGCACAGAUACUAUUUUACAUGGGUUUGGAGAAUUUUCAUGACAAGCAACAGCAUUAUUGUCUCAUUGGUUGUAGUUGCCAUGAGAUACCAGCAGAAUAUUUCAAAUUCACCGAGUACACAGCGGCCGUCUAUGACGGUGAUGCUGGCUGCCUUUCAUCAUGAAGCCCUCUGGCCGAUAUUCCUCUGUGAUGCCCGGGGCAUGUUCUCUGCGUGCCCUUUGACUCAGCUUCGUCCCAACUGUGCUCCAGCAGCAACCUCAGACACGCAUAAUUGGUUUCAAUUAAUUUCAAUAUCCUUCCAAUUAUGAUCUUAAUGUGCUUAUUGGUCAAAUGUAUAACCCUAGGCAAUCCGCUCUCCCUCAUUUGACACAUAACAGCUGACAGACUGCCCUCCACUGCUUACUAUUAAGUUUUAUUAUUAUUAUUAUUAUGGGUUAUGUAAUUUAUUUUACAACUUAAGUUUUAAAAUUUUAGAAUUGUUUAAUUGAACAUUAUCCCACAAUAUAAUUUUUUCAUAAUACUUGGUUUUCAAGAUAUGACUUAUUAAUUUACAACCUUUUACAUAUUCAUUUUUUCUAGUAAAAUUAGUUAGAAUUACUUCUGGAUCAUAGCUAAAAUUGGUCCAAAACAAAUCUAAUAAUUCCACAGAUUCUCUUUUGGUCUAGUCAAAACACACAACGUUGUAUUGUGAAAUAACAAUCGUAUAUUUUUUAAAAACCCGGACUUUAUUUCUGUUGGAUUAUUUUCCAAAUACAUAUUCCUUGCAAUUCCAUCUUUAUUCUCAUAACAUGACUUUUUUCUUCUUCUGGAAUCUCAGAAUGAGUUUUUCUUAACAUUGACCCUAAUUCUCCGUUGUGCUGCAGGGAGUCGACCCUCAGCACAUAAUCAGCGUUUUCUACAAUGUGUGGACCUGUUAAUGGGAACGUACAUCCGAUUUACACUGUGUGUGUCUUUACUGUCCUUAAAGGGAGACAACUCCUCCACAAAGUGGUCUUAGUUGGUGCCUACCCGGAUCAUAAUGGUUUUUAUUCAACAGCGACAUUUAUACAACACUAAUCUCUUUGUUCUGUCGUCACAGAGACCAAAAUAUGGACCUGGAAAAAAAAAAAUAUAUAUAUAUAUAUAUACAUACUGUUUUAUUUUAAGAGUUAUUUCUCAGACAUGUGGGGCCUCAUUCAUGACGCAUCCUUUGCCUUUAUCCUGUGAUCAUUUCAACCAUUAUGAUUAACAGUAUUUAAAUUAUGACAUUCAAAUUAUUUUUAACUUUUUGCUGUGCUAGGUAAUCCGUGUAAAAAUUAGAUUUUCUAUUCAAGCUUUUUUUAUGUAUUAAGUCACUCAGCCUUGGUGUUGGUCCUG